AUGGCAGAGCAAAACCCGCUAGUUGGGGGCGGCACGCACAAGGGAUUGUCCCCGGCCCCCAAAACCUUCAUCACUCACACCUUCCCAACCAUUCACCAAAAUACAAUCAUUGUCGCAGCCACGCACCCGACAGUCCAAACCGGGGAGCAGACCAGAGACGGUUGGUUUUUGUCGGAUUUUUAUGCCUUCAACUACCUCCUCAACGGCUCCGCCGAGGACCAAACGUGGCUGACGGCAGCUAAACCAGAGAGGCUAGUGGAGAAGUAUGGUAACUUCCUCCACGGUUCACCCGAUGGAGAUCGCAAGGUAGUCCUAAGCCGCGACCUCAUCGACUCGGGCAUCACCCCAGUCACCCUCGUCGAGCCUGCCAAAAUGAACGACAGAUUUCUCAGCGAGGUCAAUGAAGCAUCUCUCCGGGCUAAGAAGAGUGGUUAUCCGCUUCUUCUCAUGGUUUUUUGUCAUGACGUCCAAGGUCACUACCUCUGCCUCGACAACGGCACGCGAAAGAAGGGCAUCAGUAUUGUUCGGCUCAAAGCAGCCCUAGAGCCGGGUGUAUCGGUCACCCUACUGACAACAGCCUGUUUCUCUGGAGGCUGGGCAGUCACCCCUGAGCUUAAUACAACAACAAUGGCUGCCGCACAGCCCGAGGGUGAAUCAAUCUCGUGGCAGAUGUCGAGUAGCAUGGGACGAGCCUGCGGCUCCGUGUUUGCGGGAGCUACUAUCUCGACGCUAUCGGACGCUUCGACGCCACUACUUGGACAGGGCAGCAGUUCGGAAGCACCAACAGGCGAGACCUGCCUCCAGCCCGAGGAGCCUACCGCGUUGCAGACAGAAACGUACAAUGAGUUUUGUCGUUCCAUCACGGAUGUUUUAGGGGCGCGGGGACUCUCUGGCCUCCUAUCGGACGACUUCACAUUUAGCGCUCAGGAUGACAAAUGGGAAUAUUCCUGGACUAGAAGAUCAGGAAUUCCAUUGGCUCAUUUCAAAGAGCGCUGGGAAAAGCUGCCCACGUACCCUCACCAACCAACCGCCGACAACAAUCAGACUACGCCUGCCGCCCAUUUUACAGGCGGCGCCGACGCCAAUACCGUUGUCGAGGAGAUUACGCACGCAACGGUCCAAUCACGAGUAACCAGUAUGGCGAAGCUGUUUCUCGAGAUUCUCUGCCCCGGCGAUUGGAAUAUGGAGCAGAAUGUUGCUGUUGGGGGUGGGCUCUUCGAAUUCAUUAACAACCACCCUAACGCCCCGUCUGCGUCCGAGGUUUCCGAUAUGAUCCGCUUCAGAUGGAACGCGUGUUUCCUCGUCGAUAGGUUUGUCGACGAUCACAACCUGGAUCGUCCGGACGGCAAGAUCUGCGUCCUGUGGCAUGCUCAGGAGCAUCCUGCGGCGAUGCAAGUUAAAUAUGGCCGAGAGGGAUGGCAGGCGCGUUAUUCCCCCGUUCGGCAGGCUUUGGUAGAAGGUGGCGCGAUGAUUGAGCCAGCGGAUCAUCAAGGGCCAGUGUUCUAUCGGCCUCUCACAUAUAUGGCGACAGCUAUCGCUGAGACAUGUACAACCGAGGAAGCGACGAAGGGAAUGGUGCGAGAGUACUGCGAGUACGUUGCGAGCAUCCGAAAAUUCUACCUCGACCGUGUUGUCGAGUCAACGGCUGUUCGGGGCAGGGGCCGCAAGUGGCUGGAAUCUAUCGAUAGGCGCCUCCGUCGCUCGCUGUCCCCGUCGAAGGGUCUUCGACCUUCCACGGCGGCUCGGCCGAGCGUCGGCGAGACCGAUAACGCUUCACCGGGAAGCAAUAAGCUCGGGAAUGCUCCCAAUUUGUAUUAA